AUCUUGGAUAAACAGAGCAUAUUUGAGCCAGGAGAACUUGCCAACCUCUUCUGAACAGCUCCAGAACUCAAAGCCUAAAAAAUAAAUUCCCGAGCCACAAUGGCCACUGCACCAUAUAACUACUCCUACAUUUUCAAAUACAUCAUUAUUGGGGACAUGGGUGUAGGAAAGUCCUGUUUGCUUCACCAGUUCACAGAAAAGAAAUUUAUGGCAGACUGUCCUCAUACAAUUGGCGUGGAGUUCGGUACAAGGAUAAUUGAGGUGAGCGGACAGAAGAUCAAGCUGCAAAUUUGGGACACAGCAGGACAAGAGCGCUUCAGAGCCGUCACGCGCUCCUACUAUCGCGGAGCUGCAGGAGCACUUAUGGUUUACGACAUUACCAGGAGAAGCACUUACAACCACCUCAGUAGCUGGUUGACUGAUGCCAGAAACCUCACCAACCCCAAUACUGUGAUCAUUCUCAUAGGAAACAAGGCGGACCUGGAGGCCCAGAGGGACGUGACGUAUGAGGAGGCUAAGCAAUUUGCUGAGGAGAAUGGUUUGUUGUUUUUGGAAGCAAGUGCAAAAACGGGUGAAAAUGUAGAGGAUGCCUUCCUUGAAGCUGCUAAGAAAAUCUACCAGAAUAUCCAAGAUGGCAGCUUGGACCUGAAUGCCGCUGAGUCAGGAGUCCAGCAUAAGCCCUCAGCGCCUCAGGGUGGUCGGCUAACCAGUGAACCUCAGCCCCAGAGGGAAGGAUGUGGCUGCUAAUGAUCAAGCAAAAGCCCACUGUGCCCUCCCUUCUUAUCUGCUCUGCCCGCCUACACCUCAAGUACCCCAUCCAUCCAUUCCUACACUUGCGUGAGAGCGGUGCUGCACGGAAAAAGAAAGGGGGUGGCGAAUAUCAACUUGGGCCAGACUGAGCUGGGCUGUGUGGACUACAUCCUCCUCCCCCAUCCUUUUUGCCUGUCACCCUUUGUUGCUGUGUCAAUCCUCUUAAAACUCAGUGUAUUUUUGUCCCAUAAAUCUCAUUUCCUCCCCAACAUUCAGUCUCCCCUCCCCCCAUCAGUAGUAUCAUAGAUGGCACCGUGAGUUACACUGGUCACUGACACUUUAGAUAGAUGUAAUGUUCAAAUGAAAAUAACAAAGCAAGACUGUUUUUUUUUUAUGUUUGGUUUUAUAGCUAUGUAUGAAAUGUAAACACUGCACUAAGUUUCAGUCAUCGCUCAUCAUUUUUGUAUAAAUCUAAUCUAAAUUAUAUUUCCUAAUUCCUCUCGUUGCAUGGUUUAUGAUUCCAUCACUUUAUCAGAUCAUGCAGAUAAUAUCUCACUUGUUUAAUGGGGACACAAAGCAAUGAAGUAGUUUUAACACGUAGCCGCACAAGUAGACACUCCAAACCGUGUGUCCAAGACUGCGUAUUUGAGUGAGCUAUUUCCAUCAGAAUUUAAACCUGCUUGUGGCUAUUAAACCUGUUUUUGCUGCUGGGCACAAAAAUAAAAUUCUUUGCCAAAUCUGAUAAAACUCAGGAGAGAGAGAGAGAAAAAUAAAUGUAAAGAAUUACCCUUUAAAUACUAUUAUGGGUAAUUUUCAAGUCUCUGCAGAGGUGGUAGUUUGGGGUGUUUUUCUAGUGGAUCUGAGUGUUACAAAGUUGGAUGGAUGGUUCUUUAGGCGAAGUUAUAAUGUCACUUUAAGAAGUCUUUUCUGUUUUUGAUGAAAAGAUAAAAUUUACAUCAGUUUGCACCAGCUCUCCCUCAUUCACAUAACCCUGAAACUCUUCCCACAGUCAUGUCGGUACCAGCUUUUCUUUGUCAUCGUUUGUUGCCUUAUUAAGUAUUCUUUAGUCAUUGUUUUCGCUGCACUUGCUCUUCAUGCUGCUGUUUGGAUUACCUGGAUUCGAUGAAAUUUGCUCUUUUAGGAUGCCUCUUAUAUUUUACUUUCUAAAAAAGUAUUUGCAUCGUAUCACUAAGGACCGAGUUAGCAGGAUGGUCUUAAAACUCACAAAACAAGUAUUUCUCACUCCUUUGUUGUGAUGAAGCUGCACUGAAUGGCUCAUUUGUUGUUCAAUUGGAAAAGUUGUUGCUCUGCUUCAUUAAACCAAGCAGCAGCAUGACUCCCUUUGAAACAGGAAGUUGUGAGAUCUAGUUGUUUAAGUACAAAUAUGUUACUCUGUAACAUAGCAGUUCCCUUACAGCUGUAUAUAUGUGCUUCUUAAUUGCUGGUGAUGACCUUGCUACUGUACUUUGGAUUUAGAAAUUUGUUUGGUGGCUCUGCCAAGAUCUUGUACAGUUAGUGUGCUAGUAGGUUGCCUGUAAUUCAUGCUUGGAAAAAUCUGUAACAUAGUUUCUAUUAAUAAUUGUAAGUAAAGGACAGACGCACAGAAAGCCCCUCUACACACUGUUGAACUUACGGAGAGGAGAGAAACUGGAUUGAGAUGAUAUGCAAACUAGUAUUUAUGUCAGCAAAUUUUGCUUUAUCUCAUUUUUGUACAGAGUGAAGAACGGGGCAUGCUUAUGUUGAAAUUGUUUUUUUUUUUUUCCUAAUCAUGGCUCAUCUGUACUAGAGGGGCCUAAAUUGCUGUCUUAACUUUUCGGAGAGCAGGGAUUAGUUUGUUGAAGUGAGUGGGCUGGGCUUCCUUUAUCCUGUGUCCUGCCUCUUUAGCAGUUUUGAGUGACCACUUCCUGCUUUUUGUCUCUGUCCACAAUAAAGAAGAAGAAAAAAAAAAACGUAAAUAUGUAUAAAUUUUUAAGAAGCUGUGCUAACAUUUAAAUGCAUUCUUGCGUGUACAUGAUUUUAAAGUGUUGACAUUUUGAUUUUAAUGAUUAAAAAUACUCUAGUCAGAAAAAAAAUAAAUUAUACAUAACCUGUACGUGUGUCUUUUUAACAUUAAAACAUCAAAUCAAGAGUUGGAUUUCAAGUAGCACAACUGCUUUGUGUUUUAUUGCAACUUAAAUUGCACCCAGGUUAGAAAGAAAGAAAACAUUUACAAAAUGAAGGCAAAAGUUGUUCGCAAAACUGGUGACUGAGACUUACACAAAAAUAGAGUAGUGGUAUGUUUGAUAGAGGGGAAUAGAAACGUCCACAAUGACAGUACCAUUAAAAAUCAAGGCUGGCAGCGGUGAUUUGUCCUCAGGCUUCGCAGUCAGGCAGGGC